AUGCCAAAGCAGCCGUUUACGUACGGCCCGCCGUCCCCUUACAUAAAAAGAGGGCGGUUUGCGGUAAUUCCUGAAGAAUCGGCGGCGCCGCCUUGCCAAACUCCUUAUUAUCCAGCAGGAAGCAGAUCGCCUUCGCCGAGGCCCCUAGAAGAAGGCGACGAUGCCUGGGAUUUCGACGAUGAGACGUCCCAUUCAAAAGUUACAAGAGAUAUAAUAAAAAGUGGACCAUUGGGUUGCCAAAUUGCAAGUCACGUCAAAUAUGGCAUGUGGGCCAGUGGAAAUGGGUCCGAAGAGUCCGGGGCCUCCGGCGGGAGCACUACGGUCAGGGGGCGCUUCAAAGUGUCUUCGAGUUCCAGUGGCGGAGGCGCCUCCGCGAUAGGAGGGUCAUCUCGCGCCGACAAACAUGAAAACUUCUCGUCGUUCGACGGCAGCGGUUCGGGGAUGUACCGCUUGGCGCCGCUGUACCAACAGAACUUUACGUACGGCCCCCCGUCCCCUUACAUAAAAAGAGGGCGGUUUGCGGUAAUUCCUGAAGAAUCGGCGGCGCCGCCUUGCCAAACUCCUUAUUAUCCAGCAGGAAGCAGAUCGCCUUCGCCGAGGCCCCUAGAAGAAGGCGACGAUGCCUGGGAUUUCGACGAUGAGACGUACGGUUCAAAAGUUGCAAGAGAUAUAAUGAAAAGUGGACCAAUGGGUUGCCAAACUACAAGUCACGUCAAAUAUGGCAUGUGGGCCAGUGGAAAUGGGACCGAAGAGUCCGGGGCCUCCGGCGGGAGCACGACGGUACGGGGGCGCUUCAAAGUGUCUUCGAGUUCCAGUGGCGGAGGCGCCUCCGCGAUAGGAGGGACAUCUCGCGUCGACAAACAUGACAACUUCUCGUCGUUCGACGGCAGCGGUUCGGGGAUGUACCGCUUGGCGCCGCUGUACCAACAGAACUUUACGUACGGCCCCCCGUCCCCUUACAUAAAAAGAGGGCGGUUUGCGGUGAUUCCCGAAGAAUCGGCGGCGCCUCCUUGCCAAACUCCUUAUUAUCCUGCAGGAAGCAGAUCGCCUUCGCCGAGGCCCCUGGAAGAAGGCGACGACGCCUGGGAUUUCGACGAUGAGGAGCCUUCCAACAAGCAACCCUCAUCGGCAGGUUCCGAGACAGACGGUUCGUCUUCGUCGCGCCCCCGAGCAGGCACAUGGGGCUCCAAAGAGGCCCGAGCAGCCAGAUCGGGCGCCUCCGGAGGCAAACCUCAGAUGCCUUUGUCGCCUUUGGCAACUGCUGCAGCAGCCAAAAAGCUGGACAGGGCUGCCAGGAAACUUCAGGAUAAGGAAAUCAAGAAUCGUGAAAAGGAGGCUAAGAAGUACGAGAAGGAACUUAGGAAGAAUGAGAAGCGGGAGCUGGAACGACUCAAGAUAGAAAAGUUGCGUGCAGAACGUGUAAGUAAAUCGACGGAACGUCUAGGGGGUUCUGGUUCCUUGUCAAGUUCGGAAAGAGUCAGUGGCAGCGGCACCGGAACCGCAGGUUCUCGUUCUGGUUCCAGCACCAGAUCCGGAUCUUUAGAACGUAGGCAAAGUGGUGAAGGAGGCCGGCACGAUGAAAGGGAACGUGAAGUCUUGUAUCAGCUUACAGUUCACGGAACUGCAAGUCCCAAUAGGCGUCCAGCAAUUUUCGACGCCUUUCGACCAAGAUCCAAAUCGGACGCCAGAAAACAAAAGGAACUCACCAACAGUGGCCAAAGUGGUAAUAAUAGUGGUUCUUCGACACCAGCCCAAUCUGGCAAAUCAGGGCUCUGGCAGCAAUUCAUCAGGACCGGGUCACCAUGUCGGUCUGAUGCAACACGUAAGAAACGCUGUUCACCAUACAACCGGUCUGAUCAGAUCACAUCAUCAGCCUGUCCAUCGGGACAGUGCUCAUCCUGUAAAAGCAGCCAGAGAUGGUUCUGCACAUUUACAUGCUGGAAGUGACCAACAGUAUUACCAUACGGUUACUGCUGGUCGCAGAAGUGAAUUAAAUCGUUCUCCGAUGACCAAAGUGAUGGAUUUGUUUAGACAUCGGGC